UCAGUAUCACGCGGACCCGCGUCUGGACCGGUUGGAGCCUGGGCUUAACACUCUGCCGUCCAAAUACUUCGCGAUUUAGGGGUAGUUCUUGCAAAGUUCAUUCAGUUCAAGUAAAUUCCACCAUUACCUCACGUUUGUUGGUAAAUUAGCUUAAAAACUUGUAGGGAACUGAUCCACUUCGAUUUUAAGCUCUAUUAAUCUGCCAAUUGAUUGAGAAGUUUGAGAAUAGGGAGAGAGAAGAGUCGAGUUGAGAAGAGGAUAUUCAUCUACUUCAAGAAUAUUCUACGUUACUUCAAAGAUUAGUAGCUACAUUGUAGGAUAAACUGUCUCACUUUGGAUAGAAAGUUAUCCUUUUCAUCGCUGAUUAGUAAGAAGAUAGUUUGAAGAAUUCAUUGUUUCACUUGGAAAUUUUUUGGAGAGUUCGUUGAAGAGGCUGGUUCAUUUGAAGACUAUUAUACGUUUUUUGUUGAUAUAGAUCGUUGAAGACUAUAUUUUAUACUUCCUCGAAGAUUUGUUGAUAUAGCUGGGUGAAUUUUGAAGAUAUCUCCAUCACUUCAAAUAUUUGUUGGACUAUUGUGGAGAACUAAGUGAUUUUGAAAUGAUAUCUCUCCUCAAAUAUAACGCAAAUGUGGUUGUAUUUCUUUCUUAAGUUUCAUUACUGUUGAGUGGCUAAGAAUUUGAAAAGAUAGAAAUCAGCGAAUAGAACAUUUUACGUUAGUUCACAAAUGUUUACAAACUAUCCACUUUUUCUUGAAAAUUUUUCAAAAUCAUGCCUAUAUAAAAGUUUUUGAGAACUCUUGAACUCCUGAUUCUUCAGUGACGUUUGUCAUGGAUUCUGGAAGUUUUUCAAAACAGCUUUAGUUUUGUAUCUGUUUUUCAAUCGUCAAAUCACGUCAAGACAUCGUUGACUUGCAUAGAAAUUACGAGAAACUCAAGUUGUGAGGACUAGAUAAGAACAAAAAUUGCUCAUUUAUUUAAAGAUUGAGGUGUGAGUUAUAAUUGAAGAGAUUUGAAAAUCCUGUGAAGAUAUAUACAGAAAUCUGUGAAGGCACUACGAAGUAUACUGCAGAAUCUAAGAUUGUAAGCCGUGUGAAGUUUUGUUGUAAAUCUGUUAGAGGAUAUAAUAAGAUUGUGUGAGAACCAGGUGUAACUCCGGAAAAGCGAGAAGGAUUGUAACUAAUGAAACUAAUAUUAUAAGAAACAGAACGCUUGAGAAUAUUGCAAAGUAAGAAAUAAUUUCCCAAGUCCAUAACCUACUGUACAGCUCAAAAAUAUUCGUCCAGCAAUACUAUAGCCAACUUUUGUGUGAAUAAAUCUGUUUAGAACACUGAAAUCAUUCAACAAUCCAAAGAUAAACGUUGAAACGUCUCUUGAAACUUUCCCUCACGUGCAAUUUUAUCAUUUUGUGCUCAAGUUAUUCAUAAAUGAUAUAAAAUUGGCCUAGCCUAAUGAAUAAUACUCUCUCAGUGUGAAGUAAAGAUAACUACAUUACGGUUCUUGGGAAUCGAAUAUGCUUUAGAACUCAAUUUGUUGAAAAGACAGAGACUUUCGAUCUAGGAUCUUCAUUUACACCUUUAUUCUGUUCUACUGAAGUUGUAAAACUUGACAAAGAUGAGCUUCAUCACACUUUUGACAGUUUUGUCUGCACUUCUAGUCUAUGAAAUCCGGGCAAGCUGGGAGGAGUGGUGGACUUAUGAUGGAAUAUCAGGACCAGAGUACUGGGGUCGUAUCAACCCCGAGUGGAGCCUAUGCAACAAAGGGCGUCGUCAAUCUCCCAUCAAUGUGGAGCCCCAAUACUUGCUCUUCGACCCCUUCCUCAGGACGUUCGAUAUUGACAAGUGCAAGGUCAGUGGAACUCUGCUGAACACAGGCCAGUCUCUGGUGUUCAGAGUCGACAAAGACCUCAAGCACCACGUCAACAUAUCGGGCGGUCCGCUCGCCUACCGCUACCAGUUUGAAGAGUUCUACAUCCACUAUGGCAUUGUUGAUCAGGUGGGAUCCGAACACAAGAUUGGUGGACAGUCGUUUCCAGCUGAGAUCCAGCUGUAUGGAUUCAAUGCGGACUUGUAUCACAACAUGUCGGAGGCACAACACAAGUCCCAGGGAGUUGUUGGCAUAUCACUCAUGGUUCAGAUAGGAGAAAAACCAAACAAGGAGUUCCAAACGAUCACCAGCACCUUCAAGAAAGUCACAUGGAAGGGUGAGUUAACAAUAUUUUCAAUACUAUUUCCUGAUAUAAUUCAAUUGACCUAUGAUUUUAUAUCUGAUUUGAGACUCUAA